AUGGAUGGACUACAAGAAUUAAUCGACCGCAUGACAAACUUGAAUCUUCGAGAUGACCUAGACGAUGACGACGACUACAUUACCUUAAGUGUAACUGACGAAGACGAACGAUUUCUCUUCGGUGACGACGGUAAUAUUGACGAAUUUAUUGUGAAAGAUAAAAAGGUCACCGACAAAUCUGACGGACUGAAGAUGAAGGACAGAGAACCAACAGACAAUCGGCUUAUUUUGACUACACUAAACAGACGAAAGUGUAGACAACAAUCAAAUGGUCCUUUUCAGGACCAACAAAAUUUUUACUAUUUUCCUAAAGUAGGGUGCACCUGGAAUCUGUAUAGAUCUCCUGAAGACACCCGCCUGGAAGGUACGAAUUUGACAGAAUAUGUUAAAAACAUACGUCAAAGAAGCAAAACAAAUGUACAGCCAUACUUAAUGGUAGUCUCUGGCCAGUCGUGCAAAUCGUCUUUCAUUGAAGGGGAUGGUUGGAUUAUAAAUGUAAAUGAGGAAGGAAACCAAGUCGCAAGUUUUGACUUAUUAUUCAAGUUUUAUUAUGUUAUGAAUUUGGAGUGGCCAGAAAGCUUGCGUAAUUUUUAUAAUUUCUUAGAAUCUUAUGUUUACGACCUGGAUGUGAAGCCGUACAACAUUGUGUCUUCGGUUCACACAAAUAUUUUUAAUUUUAACACUGACGUAUGUUCGGAAAGCGAAUAA